CUUUGACCCGUGACCUCCGCUGGUUGGUUGAGGUUAUAUUGACUGGUCAUUUUCCCAUGGUUUCCUUUUAAGUGAUACGAUACUUUUUCAGGAGAGGGGGGAACGAGAAACUCUGUUAUGUGUAUAUUGAUGAGAAGCAGAAAGAGGGAAGGAAAACUUUUUUUAUUUCCUGCUAUGUUAUGACAACAAAACUCUAACAUUUUAGUGAUUAUCCCACACCUUCAACUUGAUCACACAUAUCGACACACAUACGCCCGCACAUUUCAUCCGCUUAUAUGUCUCGGCUGUGUUGUUAUUUUCAUCAACUUGACGAUUCGUCUUCAAAUGCAGGUUGUCGAGACAAUCAAAAGAGGGUGGCCAUGCGCAUCACCUUGCUAAAAUCGGUACAGACAAUUAUUUAUGUUGCUUGUUUUCUUUUCUUGAAUUUUGUAUAUUUCGAUUAUUUUAUGCCGAAAUGGCCAAAAAUUCCACCGAAGCAGGACCUGUUGAAUGCUGACCAUAAGUUUAAAAAAUCAGCAUCGAACAACGUUGGGAAGAAGAUUUUAGUUGAUUACGAUGUGCAACCUAACAGCCAACAUGUUCUACAAGAAAAUGUUAUAAUCGUGGCCAGUCGCCUGUUAGAAAUUGAUAAUGCGGAAAAUAAAGGCGCAGACCAAGUACAAGUGAAAAACUUUUGGAGAUUUAAUCAACCUGUUGAUUCCGGAGACACGCGCUCUCUUUUAGAUCUUCAGACUAAAAGAAAACGUCGAAAUGCCAAUGUAAUUUACAUUGAAUCCCCACUUGUUGCAAUUUUGUCUGGGAAGCAUCCAAACCAAGGAACUAAUUUAGAACCUGUUCAGCAACGGAAAGUUGGAAGCCCAAAAUCCGGCAGCAGUGGCGAGAAAUCUAAAGUUGAUAAUCAGAGUGUAUUCAAGGAGAAAUUAUACCCCAGUAAACUCAAAACAAUUUUGAAAGUGCCAGACCCGGGACAAUCCAACAGUAAAAGCAGUUCGCUGUUGAAAAGACUACAGUCAUCAUCAUUAUCAUCUUCAAGUUUAACUACAUCGCAAUCUAAGGUUUCGGCACUUCGGUUUAAUCUAAACACUAGACCUACAACUUUAAACGAUAUUUUUAUUAGUGUUAAAACAACGGAAAAAUUCCACGAAAGUCGACUGAAGAUUCUCUUAGACACCUGGUUUCAAUACGCUAAGGAACAGACCUAUUUCUUCACAGAUACUAAUGAUGAAAAACUUAACAAAAAGACUAAUAAUCAUAUGAUCAAUACCAAUUGCUCAGCGCUUCAUAAUCGUCAAGCAUUGUGUUGUAAAAUGGCACGAGAAUAUGACACUUUCAUGGAAUCCAAAAAGAGGUGGUUUUGUCAUGUUGAUGAUGAUACAUAUGUGAAUGUACCAAAGCUGGUUACUCUCCUUCAAAAAUAUAACCAUACUCAAGACUGGUAUCUUGGAAAACUUAGCCUUAAGCAUCCGUUGCAAAUUAUGGACAUAAACCGACCAGGAAAGAAAAUUGAAUUUUGGUUUGCAACUGGUGGUGCUGGAUUCUGCAUCAGCCGAAGUCUUGCUUUGAAAAUGAUGCCCCAUGCUGGUGGAGGUCGCUUAAUGGCUGUUGGAGAAGAAAUACGCCUGCCAGACGACUGUACAGUUGGAUAUAUCAUAGGACAUCUUUUGAAGAAACCACUCACAGAAGUGGAAGACUUCCAUUCACACCUCGAGGCACUUUGGUUACUGCGACCUAACCAACUGGAAAAACAUGUAACAUUCAGUUAUUCCUACUAUGGAGAGAAAAUGAAUAUUGUUAAUGUUCCAGGAUUUUCAGAAGAUGAAGACCCUACAAGAUUAUGGUCACUUCACUGCUAUCUCUUCCCUUACUUGAAGAAAUGCCGGGACAUUAAACAAAGUGUAGCCAACUUCAAGACCUAUCAUUGACAGGACUUCGUGUUUGAUUGUUAACUUACACUAAACAUUGAUCUCAAGACUGCUGUUUCACAACACAGCAGCAGAAACAAACACGGCCCUCCCAGCUUCUGUUUAGAAAUCGAAAAUCAGUUCAGAUCUAUUGAUUAUGGACAACAUUUUUCAAAUUCUCUCUUUGAAUUUUUUUUUUUUUUUAUUACAAAUUUAUUUCUUUUUCCUUUUUUUAAAUAUUUAUUUUUCCUUCUUUGGUAAUUUCAUUUAUUUUAUUUUUUCUUUUUAUUUUUUUUGUUUUUCUUUUAAUAUUUUUAUUCAGUGAGGAGGGACAGUGUCCAUAAAUGACCUAUGCACACUCUUCCUCCUCAUCACUGGUGAGGUUGCCACGACAUGGUUGAUGUUUGUUCAGCUUUUAUUACUGCAGGUGGGAGGCCUGUCUGAGAAAAUGUGGGUUGGGCAAAGAGAAAAUCCCAGGGAGCUCUAAUUUAGGGGACAGAAAAAAAACCCCCAAUUGGGUGGAAAAUUAUUUGAUACAGCAUUUUCAUGGCAUGAUACAGUAGAGGUGGGGGUCAAGAUUUUGGCUGUGUUGCUGUGAUGGACAAGUUGGUACCAAACCACAGAAUGUCUAAUGGUUCAUGUAUGCAACAGACCUAAAAAGCUUUGAUUCCUGCUGACAGCCAGGAAGGGCUUGAAAUAUCACCAUAUUUCUCCUUCUCCCUAAAAAUAUAGAGCUUUUGAAUAGCGAAAAGAGGGGAUUCAAAAGAAACUGAAAGUUUCAACAAUUUAAAGCCCGCUGCCCUCAAAAACACAAUUUAGCCAAAAAUCUUUAUUUUUCAUUUCGUUUAUUUACUUUUUAUUUAUUUUCAUUUUUUUUUUAAUUGUUGAUAAAAAUCAAAAAAAUAUUAUUAAUGUAAAAUCAAUAACGUUGCAGAUUGUUAUAUCUGUGUGUGUGCGUGUGUGUGUGUGUGUGUGUGCGCAUGUGU